AUGUUGGUUAAUGAUGAAAGAUAUCUAUAAUGUUAAAUAUGCUGUAUUAACUAUUAAAAUUCUUUUUUUUAUGUAAAGUAAGAAUGUGACCAUAAAUUCUGUAAAUAUUGUAUUUUUAACUAUUUGAUUAAUUGUAUUAAUACUAAUAAUGUAUUAAGGAUUAAAUGCCCAUAUGUAUUUAUUUUUACUUUCAUAAAUUUAUAAUUAUAAUUAUAAAUAAAAUAGAAUAAUUGUUAAUAAUGUUAUGUAGAUAAAAAUAUUGAAGAACUUAUUGAUGAAAAUUCAUUUAAAAAAUACAUAUAAUUUAAAAAGAUUCUUAUAAUAAACUAAGAUCCUUCUCUUAAAUGGUGUUGUAAAGAAGGUUGCAAUAAAUACGUUAAAGCAAAUGAAAAAAGUAAUUAAGCAAAAUGUGAAUGUGGAAAUAUUAUGUGCUUUUUAUGCGGAAACGAUUGGCAUGAAGGAAUUACCUGUUAAGAUAAGAUGUAAGAAGACUUUCAAUAAGCAAUAUAUAAGUAUGAAAUAUCUUUUUGUCCUAAUUGUACUGUAAAAGUAGAAAAAGUGUCAGGUUGCAAUAAAAUGACAUGUCCAAUGUGUUAAGUAAGCUUUUGUUGGCUUUGUAAAUUAAUAAAUAUUAGAUAUUCUCAUUUUAAUUAUUUGAAUAUAUUUGGGUGCCCAGGAAGAUAAUAUAACAAUUAAGCUCUGCCUAAAAAUUAUAAACUAAGGAACUAUUUAACUUUAUUUCCUAAACUUAUACUAAUUGUUUUGAUUGCUUUAUUAUUAAUUAUUGCAUUUCCAAUUGUUGUUGCUGUAAUAGCUGUUUUGACACCUAAUUAUAUUUAUAGACAUAAUACUACAUUUAGACAAAGAAGAAAACAUAAAAAAGCUAAAAUUAUCGGUCUGCUAAUUUUAGGAAUUACUUUUGUGCCGUUAUUUUUAAUUCCAGCUAUUUAUAUUUUAUUUAAAAUAGUAAAGUAAGAAAUUUGA